AUGUCGAAUGCGAUAGAUUUUGGGGUUGUUGACGAUUCGGAGGAGCCUGCGGUGUACACCACUUUUUUGCCACGCCCAAUAUCUGCCCUAGCUAGGGUUAAUUUGGUGCUACAUGAGCACCCCGUUGUUGUCAAGUAUAAGACCAUCACUAGGGUCAGAAGUGGUGAUGAGCCAUUGUUGAGUGGGGAAGAAGAGAGGUACGGCACAGAGGAUGAACGGGAUACUGAGAAACCUUUGGUGGAGCAUAACUAUGACUGGUCGUUGCAGUAUUUGCUUAUUGUGCCAAUAUCAUCGUUGGUGGUUUACAAUUCGGGGUGGCUAGUAUUAGAAGGAGUCAAUAAGACUGUGCAAGAAUCACUAGCCUCUGAACACCUUAUCUAUUGGAUAGUGGUGGUGUUUUCCCAGUUUUUGGUGUUGCCUGUUGUGCCAUUUAUUACCAAGUUUAAUCGGUAUAUUGUCUUGGGGUUACUGGUGGUGGCGGUGGUUGGGGUGUUGAUGAGUAUGGCUGUGCACCCGUUUAACCAGGGUAGUCCGAUGAAAUUGAGAUUUAUAGAGAGGAUUAGCCAGAAUGAUAUGGUGGAGGUUUAUGGGAGACAAGGGUUUGUGGAGGAUGUGUUACGGGACAUGCCACUGGUGAAGACGACUCAUGCCAAGGUUGAGUGUGAGGCUUUGGCUGAUGGGUUGGAGGUGUGCAAGUACAAGAGUGGGCUAACCCCAGGAAAUUUGACUGUGGAGGUAACUACUGAACCACGAGCCGAGUCGUAUGGGUUGAUAUCUGGUGCCAUAACUAUUGCUGCACCCGAAAACAGAAUGUGCACUGUGCAUUUUCCGCCAGACCGAGUCAAAGCAGUGGUGGUAGGCAAGUUUGGGAACAAUUUUAAGGCUAUACCCGAUGGGUUUUCCAGAGAGAAGGGCAACUACAUCUACAAGGACCGCAAUGGGAUCAGCCAGCUAGAAUUGUAUAAGUUGGACUGGAACAAGGACUAUCAUGUUGGGUUUGAGUGGUUGCCCGAUAUCGAUGAUGAGGGGGGUAUGCGAGUGGAAGUGGAGUGUUUCUGGGGGGAUAUGGUGCCGGCCUACCAGGAGGUGGUGCAUUAUAGUCCGAACUGGGUGACUUGGGCGAACAAAGAGAGGGGGUUAGUAGGGGAAGUAAAGCAUGUAGAUGUAUAG